AUCCUCCCCUCAACCCCCGGCUCCCUCUACCGCUCCCCCGGCCCCGAAGCAGACGCCGCCUGGGCCGCCAUCUCCUCCACCGACCCCAUCCCCAUCUCGCGCGCAGACGUCAUCGCCGCGGGGAAAAAUCCUUCCAAGACCGCAAAAUUCAACGCAAGCUUUGAUGGAGAAGAGAUGUAUGCCGGACGGUUAGAUGUGUUGCAUCAAGUGCACUGUUUGGAUCGAUUGAGGAAGCAGAUCUACAAAGGGGACGGUUGGGGGGGAGGCGGCGGAGAAAAAGAGGAAUUGCAUUUAAGUCAUUGUUUGUGGUAUUUGUUGCAGAAUAUUAUGUGUUCGGCGAGUUGGGAUGUUUAUACGCAUAUUUGGACCGAUACCUUCCCCUACCCCUACCCGGACUUCAACAUCCACAAGAAAUGCGCAAAUUUCGAUGCCAUUGUGAAAUUUCAAGAACAACAUUCCAUCGAUCGGAGACUUUUUGAGCAAAUGAGGAUUCCUGAAGAUUAUGGGCCUCCGGCGAGAAUGGUGAGGAAGUUCAAGGAGAUU